UUGGUUUAAGGCGGCGAGAAAUUAUAGACAGAAAAGGAAACUAAUAUGGCAAACAGUAUAUUUACAAUAGGAAACUACCAAUAUUAUAUGGCUUUAGGAAUCCUUUUCAUUCUCUCCCUAUAAAUAUCAAACCUUUAAUUUAAGAAUUCCAAAUUGUUCAAAAGCUUUUAAAGGCACAAUCUACACUUGAAAAAACACGAAAAAAUAAGAAGAAGAAAUUAAAACGAGGAGAUGGGCACAGGAAAGAAGAAGAUACAGAUCGAGAAAAUAACAAAGGAAACGUCGAGGAUGGUUACAUUCUCUAAAAGACGCAAAGGACUUUUCAAAAAAGCUGGAGAACUUGAAUCCAUGACCGGAUCUCGUGUUGCGGCGGUGGUUUUUUCGCCCACCGGAAGGCCGUACACUUGCGGCAAUGUUACUUCUGCAAUUGAGAGGCACUUUUCAAGUUUUUCAGAGCCAUCAUCGUCUGGGCUGAAUUCUCGUGAUUCUAAUUCUGAUGAGGUUUCUGGCAGUUCUUCGGGGUCGAGAUCAUCCUCGCCCCCGAGGAAUAGCCUCCGCGAUUGGUUGGAGGAUAUAGAUGUUGAACAAUGUCAGAACUUGAAUCAACUAUUGAUGUUGAAGGAGCAGUUGGAAGGAACAAGAGAGAAGCUUGUUUCAGAGGAUUCUGAGUGUUUUCAGGCUUUGUUUAUGAAAGGUCGGCUCAAUAAAACAAGAGAUCUAAAGUUAAAUUUUAAUAAGAGCAAUAGUGUUUAAGCUUAUUAUUUAAACUUAUUAGAGUUUUAUUCUCUCUUUGAGAUGUUAAUUAUAUUCUUACAAACAGUUUGAUGUUUGUAUUGCUUUUUCAGUAUAAUUAAUUAAUAUAAUUUAUCUUAAGACAUUAUUAAUCUUAGUAUGA